AUGUCGCAAGCUACUUCCUCAAACGGCCAGCAUGAUACUAGUCCUUGGGUGGACGACCCCAUUGCCAUCGUUGGCAUGGGAUUGCGUCUGCCGGGCUCCGUCCGCACUCCUCAGCAAUACUGGGACUUCCUGACCAGCAAGGGCAGCGGCCGUAGCCGCGUUCCUGCUGAUCGUUACAACGUGGACGCAUUCUUCGGGCCGAAAGGAAAGCCAGGCCAUACUUGCACAGAAUACGGCUACUUCCUUGACGUCGACCUCGCUGCAGCUGACAGCUCUUUCUGGUCUAUGCCGCCCAAGGAGCUGGAACUCCUUGACCCCCAACAGCGGCUAAUGAUGGAAGUGGUUUACGAAUGUCUAGAGAGUAGCGGGACAGCGUCUCACCGAGGCAAAGAUAUCGGAUGCUAUGUAGGUGUACUCGGCGAGGAUUGGAUGGAUAUACAAACCCGAGAUCCACACCAUCAAGGAAUGCAUCGUGUCGGGGGUUAUGGUGACUUCGCUAUUGCCAACCGCAUAUCGAAAGAGAUCGGCCUUACCGGCCCAAGUAUGACAAUUCGAACAGCUUGCUCCUCUUCCCUAAUGGCCCUGCACUCCGCCUGCCAAGCGCUAUACGUUGGGGAGUGCUCAUCGGCCGUCGUUGGCGGCUGCAACUUGAUUCUUUCACCACGCAUGACAGUAACAAUGUCUGAACACCGUGUUAUCUCACCAACCGGGACUUGCCGGUCAUUCGACGCCCACGCAAACGGCUAUGCGCGAGGCGAGGCCGUCAACGCUAUCCAUAUCAAGCGGCUGUCGCAUGCUUUGCGUGACGGGGACCCGAUUCGGUCUGUUAUUCGCUCUGUCUGCAUCAACUCGGAUGGACCCAGGUCUCCUUUGUUUAUUCCGAGCCCAGAAAGCCACGAGCUUCUCAUUCGCCGAAGUCAUCAGCUGGCUGGUAUUACGGACCUUUCUCAAACUGCCAUGGUUGAAUGUCAUGGAACGGGGACGAUGGUGGGCGACGUACUGGAAGGCAACGCAGUGGCCAAGGUGUUUGGGGAGCUUGGUGGGGUUUUGAUCGGAUCGGUGAAACCCAACAUUGGGCACAGUGAGGGAGCAUCAGGCCUGAGCAGCAUUAUCAAGAUGGUUCUGGCGCUUGAGCACCAGACGAUUCCCCCUAAUAUUAACUUCACAACACCCAACCCCAAGAUUCCGUUCGGGCCGGCCCGCCUCCGGAUCCCUGUGGAAUGCGAACCUUGGCCAGAAGGUAAGGCAGAGCGAGUUGGGCUCAACGGAUUUGGCAUUGGGGGAGCAAAUGGACAUGUUCUCCUCGAGUCGACCAGGUCCGUCGUUGGAGCAACGCAAACCGACGCCUCGGAUUCUGAGGAUCCCCAGCUACUUGUGUUCUCGGCAACCCACUCCGAGACCGUGAAACGCAGCAUAACGAAGAGCUUGGAUUAUCUAGCUACCAAUCCAGCUCAAGUUUCUAAUGCCAGUUAUACCCUCGGAUGCCACCGACAAGUUCUCCCGAAUCGCGCUUUUGCUGUCGGUUCGGUUGGCGCGUGGGAUAUUUCCCCGGUCCAAAAGACAGGGCCCGCGCCGGACCUGAUUUGGGUUUUCACUGGACAAGGAUCCCAGUAUCCCGGGAUGGGACAGGAAUUAAUUACCAGCAAUCUUAUUGCAAGGAACACUAUCCGGCACCUGGAUGAAGUGUUGGAUACUAUUGAACCCGGGCGGUCCUGGUCCAUUCACGAUGAGCUGAUUCAGCCAGAAUCCCCGUCAAAGCUCUCUCAAGCCGAGUAUUCCCAACCAUGCUGCACCGCUCUUCAAAUCGCCCUUGUCGACGUGUUGAAAUCCCUGAAGGUGAAACCUUCGGCGGUGGUGGGCCACUCAGCCGGUGAGAUCGCUGCGGCCUAUGCCGCCGGUGCGUUGACUGCUGCCGAGGCCAUCACUGUCUCAUACCACAGAGGCCAGGCCGCGGGUGGUGUUUCAAAAAGUGGGGGCAUGAUGGCUGUUAGUUUAGGGCGAGAGCAGGUCUCUCCUCUACUGACUGAAGGGGUCAUUGUUGCAUGCGAAAACGGCCCCAGAAGCGUGACCCUUAGCGGCGAAUCGUCGGAAUUGGAUGCUAUUGCUGUUGAAAUACAAAACCGUCAUCCAGGCGCCUCGAUCAAGCGUUUGGCAGUGAACCGCGCCUACCAUUCAGCGCACAUGAAAGAGGCAGAAGACGGUUACUUGAAUCGCCUUGCGUCUCUUAAAAAACCAGAAAAUGACGAUCAACUAUCAGCCAUUUUCGUGUCUUCAGUGACAGGAAAGCCUGUUCAGAACGCUGCCGAGUUUGGACCCGACUACUGGUGCCGUAACUUUACCUCCCCAGUACUAUUCUACUCGGCUGUUAGCAGCAUCCUCGCGGGUGGCCUAUCCCAUCCUACAUUCCUUGAAGUUGGACCGCACUCUGCACUCGCCGGAGCACUCCAUGAUAUUGCGUCGGAAACGGGAUCAGUCCCGUAUAUUCCGACACUGGUACGGGGAACUAAUGCAUACGCCUCUGUUCUCCGCACAGCUGGGCGGCUGUUCCAGUCCACAAAGGUUGAACUGUCUUCCCUGUGUAGGGGAACUACCUUAGGGGAUCUCCCGCCCUACCAAUGGCAAUAUGACGGCCGCUUCUGGUCCGAAUCGAGGGUUUCCCGAAACUCGCGAUUCCGUCAAUUUCCUCAUCACGAUAUUCUGGGAUCCAAAAUCCCCGACGGCAACGACACCGAGCCUCUCUGGCGGUCUCUAAUUUACCUUGAGAACGUUCCUUGGCUUCGGGAUCAUGUUAUCGAUGACAAGAUUGUUUUCCCGCGAGCAUCAUAUAUAUGCAUGAUCGGUGAAGCUAUCCGCCAGCUUACGGGAGAUAAUGAUCUUUCUCUGCGGCACGUAACGUUCCUCGAAGAGCCUACGCUUCACGAAAGCCAGCCUGUGGAAAUAUUGACACAGUUUCGGCCUUCUUCAACCUCGGAAUCGUAUGAUUUCACCAUCACUAGCCAAUUUGAAGGCACAUGGACAAAGCUAUGCACUGGCCAGGCUAGAGGAGGGCGGCACUUUCCUCUAGAUAUCAUCCGUUUGACCCCGGGACCUCGGAAAGUGAAAACAGAGGUGAUGAACCGUUUAAUGAAGAGAACAGGGGCAAACCAUGGGCCUCGGUUCCGUGUCAUGGACCAAAUAUCCACCAGCGUCACGGCGCCAGAAGCGACCGCCGAGGUCAUGGAUGUGCGCGAAAAGAUGGAUAGCAACUACGUCAUUCACCCCUGUACCAUCAGCUCAGUGCUCCAGCUGUUCAAUGUCGCCAAGGCGCAAGGUCGGAGUUUUGAUCGUCUGGCUGUGCCGACGUAUAUUGGUGAACUCUAUUUGCGCUCUUCGUCUGGCCCAAUUGCGGCCCAGUCCACCGUCACGGACACUAAGGGGCAUACUUUCUUCGGGGAUUCCGCGGGGUUCUGUGACGGUGAGCUGGUCUUUGCCUGCCUCAGAGUUGGACUUUCUCAAACCGAAAAGCGAAAUGAUCGUGGCCCUGACCCCCACGCCGGUGCCCGACUAGUAUGGCAGCCAGACAUUGACGAGGUGGAUGUCAAUGGCCUCAUACGACCAACUCCCGGAAUGUCGGAUAGCCUUUCCCUCGUCGAAGAAUUAGCAUUGACAUGCAUUAUUGAGAGCGAGAAGCAGUCCUGCAGUGACUUGUCUGCACCACAUUAUGUCAAAUACCUUGAAUGGCUGAGCCAGCAGCGACACCGUGCUGAACAAGGUGACUACGCAAGUGUUACCUCCUGCAAGGAGAUUGCAUCAAUGUCAUCUCUGGAUCGAACCCGUCAUAUCUUCCACCUGCACCAGAGAGCAAUUCAAACUGACGGCAGAAACGUCGCCACCGCCAUAAUGCGUAUCUACCAGCAAACCGGAGCAAUGUUCAAAGGUCAUGCAGAUUCCUUGAGCCUGCUAAUGAAAGACAACCUGCUUACGGCAGUCUAUGGGUUUAAGCUGUGUGAAUUUGGCGAUUUCUUCCGUGUCCUUUCCCACAACAGGCCAUGCAUGCGAGUGCUGGAGAUCGGAGCAGGGACUGGUGGUGUGACGGCCACCAUUCUGCCUGCGAUGCAUGGACCACACGGUGAACGCCUCUAUGAAAGUUAUGUAUACACAGACAUCUCACCCGGGUUCUUUGAUGGUGCUCAAGAGCGCUUCGGCGCUUACGAUGGCAUCGAUUAUCGCCCGCUUGAUAUCACCGCUGAUCUGACUGCCCAAGGAUUCGAUGCAUCCUACGAUCUUAUAAUCGCGUCGAAUGUUCUUCAUGCAACUCCGAAUCUCCAGCAAACGCUCGCAAAUGUGAAAUCAUUGCUUAGACCCAAUGGUAAACUAUUCCUACAAGAACUGGCACCUGUUACCAAAUGGAUUAACUACAUUAUGGGUACCUUGCCUGGCUGGUGGCUCAGUACCGAUAAUCGUCCAUGGGAACCCUAUGUGUCACCGGAAAGAUGGGACUCAGAGCUUCGCGCUGCUGGUUUUUCAGGAACAGAUUCCGUGGUACACGAUGGCCAUAUGAACGCUCAUAUCAUUUCGUCCGUGCCAGAGAUUCGAACCGAAGCAGGAAGACGGCUCACCGUGCUUCAUGAAAGUACGUCCGAUGAUUUGAGUCUUUUCGUUUCCAUCCUUCGUGCGCGUGGGUUCACGACCGAUCUCCGACAUCUUGGAGAUGAAUUGCCUGCGGAUCAGACGGUUAUUUCUUUGCUGGAGUUGGAGUCUCCCCAACUACACUUGCUAAGCGAAAGCAAAUACCUGAGCCUCCGAAAUAUGAUCAUAUCUCUCGAUAAAACCCCAAUGCUGUGGGUAACCCGGCCGUCUCAGGUGGGGUGCUCAGACCCCCGGUACGCGGCAACACUCGGCCUCCUGCGGACUGCGCGCCGGGAGCUUGGGGUUACUAUAGCUACACUAGAACUGGAUGCCCUGGAUGAGAAGGCAUUCCAGGCGGCGUCUCUUGUUGCUGACCGUGUCCUUCACCUUGACACUGACUCCCCAUUCGACCCAGUCCUCGAAUACGUCUACGCGCAAGAAACGUUGAUGGUUGGUAAAUUCUACCCCGCGGUUGUUAGUGAAGAGCUACUAGACGCUGGAAAGCUUGCAGCCGAAAGGACAGAUGCAGCGGUACUCCAAAUUGGCAAUCCCGGGAAAACUGACACGCUGCGCUGGGAACGCAAGCCUGUGGAAAGGUUUACAUCCGUGCAGGAUUGGGUGGAGGUCCAGACACAUGCCGUUGGCGUCAACUCGAACGAUCUCAAGGUGGCCGAUGGCACGCUUGAUGCAUCCUUUGGCGAGGAAUGCGCUGGAAUUGUACAGUGUGUUGGGCCUGGUGUUAGGAACCUGCGUGUUGGCGAUCGCGUCAUGGUGCUGGGAGCUGGGUCUGGAGCACUGGCCACGCGGUUUGUCACUAGUGAGAGACUGUGUACGCGGAUGGCUCGCGGGUUGAGCUGGGCUGAGGCAGCUACAAUUCCGCAUGCCUUUGCCACUGCUAUGUACUCGCUAAUUGACGUUGCGAGACUGAAAUCUGGUGAUGCUGUCCUCAUUCACUCCGCUUGUGGUGGGUUGGGACUAGCUGCAAUCCAGGUAUCCCAAAUUAUUGGAGCCGAAGUCUAUUGCACUGUCGGGAAUGACACGGAAGCCGACUUUUUGGUGCAACUGGGCAUUCCAAAACAGCGCAUCUUCAGCCUCCAAGACAGCACGUUUGCUCAAAGCCUCUUGGUCGCCACUGAAGACCGUGGAGUCGAUGUCGUGCUGAAUUCCUUAACCGGAGACCUGCUGCACGCCUCAUGGCAGUGCGUGGCGGAAUUCGGCAUGAUGGUGGAUUUAGGAAAACACUCUAUCAACAGGGGCCAGCUGGGUAUUGAUUUCUCUGAGGGAAACCGCGCUUUUGCAGCGGUCGAUCUAGGGCAAAUCAGCGCGAAGCGUCCGGAGAUAAUACAGGGAUUACUGCGAAGGUGCAUGCACCACUAUGCGUUGGGCGAACUGAGCCCUCUUCCAUUAUCAGAAUUCCCAGCUGAACAAAUUCAAUCGGCUUUCAGUCACAUGCAAAACGAUCACAUCGGAAAAGUGGCCGUCGUCAUGCCAGAAGAGCCGUCGUCGCUGCCCGUCACCGCGCACCGCAGAACGCCCCUUUUCCGCUCCGAUGGCAUCCACCUGAUCGUUGGAGGAUUGGGUGGACUAGGACGUUCCGUGAGUUCAUGGAUGGCUCUUCAUGGUGCCCGGCAUUUUAUUUUCUUCUCACCGUCGGCGGCGAGUAAAGAGCAGGACAAUUAUGUCUUGGAACUGCGUGCUCAGGGUUGUCGAGUUGAUCUUGUCUCUGGCGAUGUGAGUAAGGAACAAGACGUCGAUGCUCUCAUCCAGAAUAUACCCGAAGGACUUCCCAUCGCCGGCAUUAUGCAGGCAUCCAUGGCGCUCGAAGUUACUUCUCUUGACAGUAUGUCCUUCGAGCAAUGGCAAGCGUCGUUUGCACCGAAGGUCCAAGGAACCUGGAAUCUACAUAACAAUUUGCUGAAAUACCGCCGCCGCACCGACUACUUUGUACUUUUCAGCUCUUUGGCGGGCCUCAUCGGCCAAACUGGGCAUGCUAACUAUGCUGCUGGAAAUGCUUUCUUGGAUGCCUUUGUCCAGUAUCGGCAUUCCAUGGGGCUUCCAUGCUCCGCACUCAACAUCGGUGUCAUGGAGGAUGUGGGAUAUGUCAGUAACCAGCAACACAUCAUCGACCAUUUCCUCGCGACCUCCGCACAUACGCUACAUGAGCAGGACCUUCUCGAUACGGUUCAACUCGCCAUUGAUAACUCGCUGCCCUCUUCACUUGAACAGAAGCAGACAAACGGAUGGCAGCCAUACGUCUCCCGGAGCCAAAUCUGUAUUGGCCUCCGCAGCAAUAGCUCGCUAGAUUCAGCAACCAACCGUAUAUCAUGGAGACGGGACCCACGAAUGGCCCUCUACCACAAUUUCAACAAAGCAGACAAGAAUACAUCGUCAAACGCAGCUAACAAUAGCAAUGAUCGUGUGCUUGAGAAGUUCCUCGAACAAGUCCAACAUGAUGCCGAAAUCCUCGUGAAGGAGGAGUCAGCCAAUCUGUUAGGCACUGAAAUUGGAAAGGCCCUAUACAACCUUAUGUUGCGUGAUCACUCGGAUUUGGAUCUGGACAUCCCUCUGUCAUCUCUGGGGGCGGAUUCGCUAUUGGCCAUUAAAUUGAGGGACUGGUUCCGGAGAAAGAUUGGAGUUGAUAUCACUGUUGUACAGAUUCUGAGCAGUGGAAGUUUACGAGAGUUGGGUCGGACGGCUGCUCAGAGCAUGGUGGCAAACUUGGCUAAAGGCUGA